AUGUCUCUCGACAACAACGGGGAGCUAUUGCAACUCAAAAAGGACAAGACUCUUGUUGAAAUCCUGGACCGGCUGAAGAGCCUGGAAGGCAAACUUGACCGAAUUCCCAUUCGAGAUUCACAUGCUUCUAUUUCUGGACCUACACAACAAUCUCCUUCAAGUCAGCACUCUUCUGCCGUCGAUGCCGAUCCAAAUUCAUAUUCCUACCCUAAUACUAAUCGUCUACCCUCUUACCAACCAAGUCCCGGCCGUGGAACCAGAAGUCAGCCAUACCGACAUGCCUCUGCCGCUCAUAAAAUGCUCACAUGGCCCGCUAUUCAGCAGCUUUUGAUACAAGCCGUGCCAGCCAAUGUUGGAGACAUGAGGAGUUUGGAACAAGAGGGCUCUGCGUUCAUAGUGCGCAUGCAUCAGGGCCAGGGCCCUAUGCCCAUGGACGAAUGUUUGGAAGAAACCGCGUUUCUUGGGAUGCAAACACCAGCAACGAGGGCUACUGGCGGUCCCAGAGUCACCUUUCCCGACUUGACCCGGGACGUGAUGCAGCGUUUAGCGAAUGCAUACUUCGAUUCUUUCAAUAUGUUAUACCCCUUCAUGGACAGACAGAAUUUUAUGGCAGAUAUUCUCGCAAUGGUCCAGACGGAAGGGUUCGAUGGCGAGACUGAAUCGGUGUUGGCGUUAUUGGUAUUUGCACUUGGCGAGCUGGCUAUCGAGGGCGCUACAGGAAUACCCGUUGAAACAUAUAAAGGCAGGCCUAGUGGCGUUAGGGGAGGCUCUCAACACAAACCCCCUGGCCUUUCGCUAUUCAACGAGGCUAGGAAACGUCUUGGCUUCGUGCUCACGAAGUGUGAUCUCGAAAAUGUCCAAAUCUUUUCCCUGGCAGCGCUUUACUAUGAGAAUUGCUCUCGACACCUCGACUUCUGGAGACUGACCGUGUCCGCGUCACAAGCCUGUCAAAUCAUGGUCACGUGUAACACGAUCGAUUGGAAUUCUCCUCGAGGCGAUCUUACCAAGCGUGCCUAUUGGCAUUGCGUAUUGAUGGAAACGGGGUUGCAUCUUGAGCUCGAUCUGCCACUCACUGGUAUUAUGGCUCUAGAGCCCAACGUUCCUUUGCCUAGUUUUGAUGCUGCAUACUGCGAAGCAGAUCAUCGUGGGAACCAGGCCUCGCAUUUCGAAGCUCACUAUGCGUCGCAACUUGCGCUUAGAAGAUUAUGCGCUGAUCUCCACAACGCUAUUAAUGAUUCGAUGAGAAACCCCGAGACAUCCUCAAAUUCGAAUAGCGAGGACUUUGUUGGCGCCACUCCCAGUGUCUUGAAGCAAUUAAAUUCAAGAUUGACGCAGUGGCGAGGAAUGCUUCCAUCCGAUCUUCAAUGGUCUGACCAAGAUUCAGCUGCCUUUCCUGGCCCUCAGAAGGAAAAUCCGCAGGCCAAUCAUUCCCUGGACCCCGAACUCUCCCCACAACGAAUCAGUCGCGCUGGACGAUCUUUAUUCACUACCGAUUUGGAUCGUGAGCCUGUACAUUACAUGUACGUUUAUGACAUUCAAGUGGCCUUAUUGCGAACGCGGUAUUAUUACGCCAAGUACAUGGUCUACCGACCUUUCAUUUUCAAGGCUCUACAUUACCCAGAGAUGAUGUCGCAUCAAGAUGCGGAAGGUGUUGCUGAAUGUUUGCGGACAUGCUUGAAAUGGCCCAUCACGCUUUCGCCCACAUCACGUCGCAAACGGCUAAUCCCAUACUUAUUCUGCUGGUCGCAGAACUUCCUCGGUAUCCUCCUCAUUUUACACAUGACGCGACACAAUCCCAUGCUGCGCGACAUCCGGGCAACAAUGUGCGGAGAGAAUUUCGAGACGGAAGUCGAAGAAAGUAUCGCGCUGAUGAUUGAUUAUAUACGGGACUUGAAAAGUAGCGAUCCGAUAGCGACAUGGUGCUGGAAUAUCGUCUCGGGGAUCUACAACAUCGAAUGA